AUGUCGUUUUCUGCCCCUCCUCAACUUCUUACCUUCGAUGGUAUCCUGUCUGACUUCGAUGGCACCAUCGUCGACUCGACGGAUGCUAUCGUAAAGCACUGGCACAAAAUCGGUGCCGAGCUCGGCGUUGACCCUAAGACUAUCCUGGCUACCUCUCAUGGUCGUCGGAGUAUCGACACGCUACAGCUCUAUGAACCCAAGAAAGCCACCUGGGAGUAUGUCAGCUACAUUGAGGGGUGCAUCCCUAAGGAAUACGGCUCAGACGCAGUCGAAAUUCCCGGCGCGCGGGCUCUCCUCGCUGCUCUGGAAGAGAGCGGCGCAACCUGGGGCGUCGUGACAUCGGGCACGCGCGCACUGAUUGAUGGCUGGCUGAGUGUCCUCAAUCUCACACAUCCAGAGUUCCUCGUUGUGGCGGAGGACGUGGAGCUUGGGAAGCCCGAUCCACGGUGCUAUCUGCUUGGGCGGAAGAAGCUGGGUCUGGAACACUCCUCCUCGCUGGUUGUGUUGGAGGAUGCGCCAUCAGGAAUCAAGGCUGGCAAAGCUGCAGGGUUUACAGUUAUUGCCUUGACUACGACUCACACGUUGGAACAGCUCCAGGCUGCUGGGGCGGAUGUGAUAGUGGAGGAUCUGAGGAGUAUUAGCGUAAAGAAUGUUUCGAACGGGAGGGUGGAGUUGGAGGUCCGGAAUGCCUUCCAGUAA